AUUGUUUUGUAAACAGACAGUAAAGUACCGUAUCGUAAAAAUGUUCGGAGUCUUAUCAUAAAAUGUAUAAACUUUUAUUUUGUAUAGUUAUCAUUUUUCAUAGUUUUUCAGAUUUUUUACUAGAAGAUUAUCCAUUCAGGAACGUUUCGCUGUCGUGGAAUGAGCGAGUAAGCGAUCUUCUUAACCGGUUAAGCCUUGAAGAGCUGGUUUUGCAGCUUGCUCGAGGAGGAUCAGGCGCAAACGGACCUGCUCCUGCAGUGCCUAGGCUAGGCAUCGAUGUAUACAAUUGGAACACCGAGUGCCUGCAUGGUGAUGCGUUUAUCGGCAAGGCAACUUCGUUCCCACAGGCUAUCGGCCUUGCAGCUACAUUCAGCCAAAACGUCAUUCAUGAUGUUGCAUCAGCUACAGCAAAAGAGGUUCGCGGAAAGUUCAAUAGCUGGCGUAAGCAAGGCAUUUAUGGAGAUCACAUGGGCCUCAGUUGCUUUAGUCCGGUAGUAAACAUUCUCAGACAUCCACUCUGGGGAAGAAAUCAGGAAACUUAUGGUGAAGAUCCUUUCUUGACCGGUCAGCUUGCUAAAGCUUUUGUCAGUGGUCUGCAUGGAAAUCAUCCUCGUUAUAUCAUUGUAAGUUCUGGAUGCAAGCACUUUAAUGCUCACAGUGGACCAGAGAACAUACCAUCGUCAAGAUUUACUUUCGAUGCCAAGGUGUCUGAGUAUGAUUGGUAUACCACCUAUCUUCCUGCUUUUCAAGAAUGUGUAAAGGCUGGAGUGUACAGCAUAAUGUGUAGUUAUAACAGUAUAAAUGGAGUACCUUCAUGUGCAAGUAUGAGACUCUUAAAUGGUAUUCUCCGCAAGGAAUGGGGCUUCACUGGAUAUGUUGUUAGUGAUCAGAAAGCUAUAGAGUAUGUAUCCACAAUGCAUCAUUACACAGACACACCUAUUAAGACUGCUGUUGCAUGCGUGGAUGCAGGCUGUAACUUAGAACUACAGCACAUUAACGUGCACCAAAAAGAUGCAAAGAAUGUCUACACAAAUAUCACGGAUGCCGUUAAGCUCAGCUUGUUAGCCCAGGAACAAGUUGUAGAGUUGGCACGCCCUCUCUUUUAUACACGUAUGCGUUUAGGAGAAUUUGAUCCAGUUGAUAUGAACCCCUAUUCUAAGCUAACAGACGAGAUUGUGGAAACUGAGGAGCAUCAGCAACUUGCUAUUGGUGCAGCUGUGAAAAGUUUUGUCCUACUGAAGAAUGAGGGCGCUCUUCCUGUUGGUAGUAUAAAGAACUUGGCAGUUGUUGGUCCAUUUGCAGACAGCAAGACUGCCAUCAUUGGCAGCUAUCCUCCUCAAACUGAGCCUUCGUAUGUUAAGACUGUACUAGAAGGCUUAAGCAGAAUAGCUAACAAGACAAGCUAUGCAGGUGGAUGUAAUGACCCAAAGUGUAAAGACUACAAUCAGACGGCAGUAUCAAAUGCUAUUCGAAGUGCAGACUUUAUUGUAGUUUGUUUAGGAACUGGUGUGGAUAUUGAAACUGAAGGCAAUGACAGAAGUACAUUGGCAUUGCCUGGACAACAGAAUACCCUCCUCCAGGAUGUUGUUGCCAAUGCCUCUGGUAGGCACAUAGUUGUUCUUCUAUUCAAUGGUGGACCAGUGGACAUCAAUUGGAUGGUGCCACAUCCUGACAUCACUGCCAUCAUGGAGUGCUUCCUUCCUGGUCAGGCAACUGGUGAAGCCAUCAGAAGAGUCUUUGGCAAUAUUGAUGGUGCUAGUCCAGCAGGGAGACUUCCCUACACCUGGCCAAAGAGUCUAACACAGGUUCCGCCGAUGUCCAACUACUCUAUGGUGGACCGGACGUACCGUUACUCCACCUAUGAGCCAUUGUUCCCAUUUGGAUAUGGACUUUCCUACUCAAAGUUUGAAUACAAUGAGUUUCAAAUAGCACCCUCUAACAUAAAACCAUGCAAAAAUAUCACAGUAAAGGUUACAGUUCAAAACAUCGGAGAUUAUGCAAGUGAUGAGGUUGUUCAGUUGUAUAUGGAGUGGAGUAAUUUCUCUAAACCCGUCCCGCGUAUCCAGCUAGUUGGAUUUCAACGUGUCAAACUUAAAGUUAAGGAGAAAUGCGUUGUCUUGUUUCCAGUAAUACCAAAUAUGUAUUCUGUUUACAGGGAUUCCUGGUUGAUCGAACCAGGAUAUUUGACAUUAUAUGUUGGUGGCGGGCAACCAAACCAGAAGAAUAAUGGGAUUUCAAAUAUUUUACAAGGGUAUUUUAUCAUAAAGGGCAAAUCAGUCCCUCUCAGUUCGUGUUUAACACGGUAAUGGUGGUUAAGUUGACUGUAUUUCUCGUUUUAUAUUUAAAUGCAAUUUUAAUAAUUCUUAUAUUUUGUACCGGUACUUUAUAGGCAAUAGAAACAAAAUAAACUAUUAUAUUAUAUAUAUUUUUAACUUUUUUUAUGUACAUAAGCAUACAUCUUUUUGUAUAUAUAGACAUAUAAACAUUAUGAAGAUUAACCAUUGUAAUAAACAUAGGCCUAAUAGUUCGGAUUGGCGUGGACAUAUAAAUAAGAAACAAAGGGUGUCAAUUUAUAUUUUAUGUAUUUUUUACUUUUAUAUACUAUUUAAGAGUACUUUUUUGUGUUAUAUAGAAAUAUAAACAAUAUAAAGACUAAACAGUGUACGGUAAUAUAAACAUUUAUAGUUCGGAUUUGCGUAGGCAAUUUGAAGGGAAAUAAUUAGUAUUUUUGUGAAAAUGUAGUGAAAUAAAAUUUGUAAUGUUUAUAUCUAAAAGCGAAUAUUUUAAUAUCAUCUGUCUGUAAGAGUAGUGGCAUUCUGACUGUUGGCGCACGCGUGUGCAUGCCUAUUAAACGCACUGCAUUGCGCUAAUCAAGUGUUGGAGAACUUAUGUUAAACAAAAGAAAAUUGUUAUAAAAGUUGUUAUAAUUAAACACAAAUCUAUGUUCGUAA